AUGUUUCAAGGGGAAAUAAGCUUAAACUGAUGCUUCAGAAACAAGAAGCCCCUGCUGCUGCUGCUGCUGAGAAGCCGGAGGUGUCAGUGAAAGAAGCAGCAGCCAAGGAGUUCCUGAGCAGCCUGAGGCGGCAGCGGCGGCAGCUGUGGGACAGGAGCCAGCCCGACGUGCAGCAGUGGUACCAGCAGUUCCUGUACCUGGGCUUCGAUGAGCAGAAAUUCGAAGAUGACCUCUCCUACUGGACAAACCUGGGGCGUGCUCGUAAUGAGUACUAUGGUGGGCACUACCAGCACCACUACGAUGAAGAUGCUCCCAUUGGCCCACGGGACCCACACGCCUUCAGGCACGGGGCAGGCGUCAACUACGACGAUUACUGAUGCCAUUAACCCUACUGCAGCUGUAGGGCUGCACUGGGUGAGGCUGAGCCUUCCCCCAGUCAGGAUGACCCUGCUUUUUCUUCUUUCAUGUCAAACAGAAGGAGUAAAGGAACUGCCAGACUUUGAUGAAAGCAACAUGACUUUUUAAAACUAUCAUUACUUAGUAGUACACUAUAUAUAAAAAGUGUUAUAGAAAUAAAGCUUUUUUGAUAAUCA